GGAAGGGUCUGUUUCCGCAUUGGACAUCUCUAUGACUCCACGUUUCGUGUUUUCAUGGUGACUUGAAGUGCCCUUUUUUUGAAAAAUGCCAACAUGUUCGGAUUGGAGUGGGCAUUAGUAUUCCAGGCCAGCGCCCCACAGAAAGAAUCUGCUUCCUCAGCAAUUUUUGUUUUAUUCCGCUGUCUGGACAGGGUGACAAAGCUUGCAUGAAAGCAAAUGUUUUCUGAAGCUCUCUGUAAGAAAAAAAUUCCAUCCUCCACCCCCCCCGCCACCUUUAAGGGGCGGCCACUCAGCCCAUCGAGUCUCUGCCCAGCAAGCCCGAUUGAUUCUGUAGGAGCUUCAAGGGGGAUGUUUGUAUAUUGCUGUCACACACACACACACACACAGGCUCCCGGAAGCUAAGUUCUGACUUGUUCGUGGGAAAGAGGAGGCGUUGCAAGGGGACUGGGGAAACUCCAAGUCUUUUGAGUUUAAAAUAGCCCAGGCUCCAAGGGACAAUCACAGAGAGAGAGAGAGAGAGAGAGUCAAAACCAGGGAAGCAACAGGAAUGGGGACGAAUAACUCCGAAAUCGCUCGGCUGCAGCAGCAAGCCGACGAGGUGGUGGAGGUGAUGUACGCCAACGUGAAGAAGGUGAAGGAGCGAGAGGACAAACUGCAGGUCUUGGAUGAGAGAGCUGAGCAGCUGCAGGAAGCGGGGAAACUGUUUCAGAAGACAUCGAAACAGGUGGCCAUACAGGAAGCAUCGAGGAACAGGAAGUGGAAAAUUAUUCUGGGAGUGGCCGUGGGGCUGGUGAUCCUCGUCGUCGUCAUCGUUGUCAUCAUCAUAACGACUUCUUUGAAAGAUCAGCGUCUGCCCCAUCAAAGCGAAGCUGUUCCCAAACUAGAGACCACUACGGCUGGUCAACAGGGAACCUAGAUAAGGGGCUGCUUUGCGUUGUUAAGGAAGACCCUCGAUUGGCAGUUGCUACCGUACACGUGGGUGCCUUAAACUGUGGAACGUAGACAUUAGAAACCAAACUGCUGCCGUGAGCCACUUUUUGUCGCGUCUUUUUAAAUUAUUUUGCUGUUACAAAAUGUGGCCGAAUUUUGUCUUUGAAAUAGGGUACGGGAUCCAGGUAGAUUGUGUCACAGUCUGUAUAUUUCCAGCACGGAACCCACCUCAUUACCUACAGGCAGCCGAACCCCAUUUUAACGAGUAACGUUAGGUAACCGUUGCUUUAUGAUUACACAUUGAUUUAACAAUCCGGAAACCUUGAUAUGCGAACCGGCCAAACUGGGAAAACUGAGUUUUGACAGAGCCAGAUAGUCCAGGGGCUGGGAAAGGCGUUAUCAUGGUAGUAACUGGACUGUAGGGGGUCCAACUGAUUCACUCACGGACUCUGUAACACCUACUUGGUCCGAUCCCACUUCAUACGACUCGUCUCCCGACUGCCCUCCCCUCCCAAAGCCUGUCCCACCGAUGACAAGGCACAAGUCCAGAAUGUGAUGGAAUACUCCCCGCUUGCCCUGUGGAA